AUGUUACGUAUGCGUCUGGAGUGCCGAGAACACCAAAAGGCCCACUGGAAGGUCCACAAAGAGUUUUGUAAACAGAGGGCAACCGAGGCAAAUCCAUCCAUUCGUCUCCGCGAACUGGAAGAUUUUAUUCGUUUACACCAAGCUGCUUUCAAAGUGGCACUGGCAGAACUCUUUCACAUCGAUGACCCAGAUGACCCUAUUGACUGGUCUAAAGAGCUUGCUGUUUUUGAAUUUGAUUCUACUUCAGACCCGAAUCCCGCGAGGAGAUUCAGUUUGAAAGAUGCGUUUUUAACGCCAGACAUGCCUGUUGGAACGCGAGAUGGCGAUAGAAUUGCUACAUAUCGGCGUACGACCUAUGCUAGUCACACGGAAGUCCCUAUGCCCGAAGGAUAUAUCAACUAUGUUUUAUGCCUUUGUCAUUGCGCAGACAGCGAAUGUGUCUUCCUGACUACUCAGUCGAUUUUUCAAUCGGAUUAUCUUCCCUUCAUAACGCAUGAUCCAUGGUACUUUCAACCUAUGAAAUGGAUUACAACGGAGUUGUUUGGAAAUACUUUGAAGAAACAGCUGAAGGCAUGCCUAAUACCCGUCCUGGUGUCAUGA